CAAAUAGCAGUCGGUGUCGAUAUUAGCUGGCAUCGUGUUCUCUUGAACGAGCGAGGUUUAGUCAAGAAAAAGUUACUACACUUAAUCUUAACAGUUCUUAUCCAGACUAUUGAAAUUCAUCAUCAUGAAAUCAACCAAAGUUAUCACGCUGCUGCUGAUUGCAUCUUUUGCCAUGCUGGCUCUGUUUGAUAUUACCGCCGACGCUGCAGCAUCUGAACAACGUCCGCAACGUCGUCGUCGGCCAUUCCAGGCCGAAGUAGAUGCUGACGGCAACGCAAUUGCGUCACCAGCUACUCCUCGAUUUCCUUUUUUAAAUCAACGAAGAGCAAAUGGCAAGGUCAACCAAGCUGCUGCCUCAGGAACCGGCAUUAAUACUAAAUCAUUGCAGUCUGAUAUUUCGGAAAGCUGUAAAUCAGAGCCCGGCUGCGAGUGGAGUUGUCCUGAAGACGUUAACGAAUGCAUAUGCCGCUGCAAAUUCGAUCCGGCCAAUAUUCGCGUCUCACGGGAGUUGAAACCAUCUCCACGUUAAUCAACAAACAAAUUUUUCCUUUUUUAUUGGUCGCUUGAUAUUAUUCCCCACCUCCCCUCAUAACCCUUGUGCUUUCUAAUUUUGUUGUAUGCCGAUAGAUUAUUGCCGUUUAUAUUUACUCUUCGGGCCCUUCAUAUAAGCUACCCUCUAACUUAUUUCUUGUUUUAAUAUAAAAACAAAAUGGAUGAUAUAUAACUACGAUUAACAAUAAUAAUGAAAUAAAAAAACUACGACAUUA